UUUGCACAGUGUUAGUAUAGACUGACGAUGCUUCGAACAUCUUUUAUCAAGCAAGCUAAUAAGCCAUUAUUGAAAAGAUUUUUGGCUUCAGCUGCAGCACCCUCAACAUCGGCAACUGCACAAUCCCCAGUGCCAACAUUUAAAACAAGUGUUUUACCAAAUGGGUUAACUGUUGCAAGUGAAGUCAUGCCAGGUACCAAAACUGCCACCGUGGGAGUUUGGAUAAAUGCUGGAUCUAGAGCAGAUAAUCCUACAAAUAGUGGGACUGCUCAUUUUUUGGAGCAUUUAGCAUUUAAGGGAACCAACAAAAGAACCCAAUUGAAUUUAGAGUUGGAAGUUGAAGACUUGGGAUCCCAAAUUAAUGCCUAUACAUCAAGAGAGAAUACGGUUUAUUACACCAAGUGUUUAGAAAAAGAUUUGGCUCAGAAUGUUGAUAUCUUGAGUGAUUUACUUACCAAAUCAAAAUUGGAAAAACGAGCCAUUGAAAACGAAAGGCAUGUUAUUUUACAAGAGAGUGACGAAGUUGACAAGAUGUAUGAUGAAGUUGUUUUCGAUCACUUACAUGCUGUAGCUUUUAAAAACCAAGAUUUGGGAAGAACCAUUUUGGGGCCAAGAGAAUUGAUCAAAACAAUUUCCAGAGAAGAUUUGGUUAAUUACAUUACUAAAAAUUAUAAAGGGGAUAGAAUGGCUUUAAUUGGAGUUGGUAGUAUUGAUCAUGAAAAACUUGUGGAACUCGGCCAAAAAUAUUUUGGCCACAUCAAGAAAAGUGAAGUUCCAUUCAAACAACAUGGUGAUGAUUUGCCAAUAUUUCACGGAGAUGAAAUUAGGAUCCAAGAUGAUGCCAUGCCAGUGACUCACGUUGCUCUUGCUGUUGAAGGUGUCAGCUGGUCCGCUCCAGAUUUCUUUACCGCAUCCGUUGCCAAUGGUAUUAUUGGAACCUGGGAUAGAUCAAUUGGUAUCGGUUCUAAUUCUCCAUCACCCUUAGCCGUAACAGCUGCCAUUGGUGGCCCUGGUCAAACUCCAGUUGCUAAUUCAUAUAUGGCUUAUACCACCUCAUAUGCUGACACUGGUUUAAUGGGUGUUUAUUUCACUGCAGACCGUGAUGCAGAUUUGAAAUUAUUUGUUGAUGCCGUAAUGAAAGAAUGGGCAAGAUUGAAAUCGGGCGAUAUCACUCAUGAAGAAGUUGAAAGAUCUAAAGCUCAAUUAAAAGCUUCCUUGGUUUUGGCAUUAGAUGAUUCAACUGCCAUUGCUGAAGAUAUUGGUAGACAAUUGGUAAAUACUGGUUUUAGAUUAUCACCAGAGGAUGUAUUCGAAAGAGUCGAGUCUAUAACUAAAGAAGAAAUUGUCGCUUGGGCUAAUUAUAGAUUAAAAGAUAAACCAAUUGCUUUAAGCGCUGUUGGUAAUGUCAAAACUUUACCAUCUCAUGAACAAAUGACCAAAGGCAUGUCUUUGUAAGAAAAUCAUUUCAACAAUAAUGCUAAAAUAACGAAUAAAGUAUAUAAGUUUUUAC